UCUAAAUCUAUAACGCGCAGGCUAUGUUUAUUCGACAAAUCAAGUCAGCUAAGACUACAAGUAUUUGUGUCAAAUGUAGAAAUCGGAUUAUUCGGUACCUUAAAGGGAGAAAUAUUUCAAAAACAUGCACUUCAGAGAAUGCACAAAAAUGGCCUGGGCCACUAAGUGGAUACAGAAUACUGGACAUGUCAAGAGUGCUUGCUGGCCCUUACUGUACAAUGAUUCUCGGUGAUUUAGGAGCAGAAGUAAUCAAAAUUGAGCGACCAGGAUCAGGGGAUGAUACUCGGUUGUGGGGUCCACCAUUUAAAGGUUCGGAAUCGGUGUACUUCCUCACAAUCAAUAGAAAUAAAAAGAGUGUUGCCGUUGAUAUAAAAUCUGAGAGAGGUCAGGACAUUAUCAGAAAGCUUGCCACUAAGUGUGAUGUUUUGGUAGAGAAUUACAUACCUGGAAAACUGGAACAAUAUGGUCUAGGAUAUCAACAGCUUCAAAAUGAGGCACCCCAGCUUAUCUAUUGCUCAAUAUCAGGUUACGGGCAAACUGGACCAUACGCUAAAAGAGCAGGAUAUGACGUCAUAGUUUCUGGCGUAGCAGGAUUGAUGUAUAUCACUGGUCCCAAGGGCGGAGAACCAUGUAAGGUGGGCGUGGCUAUGACAGAUUUAUCCACUGGACUGUACGCUCAUGGUGCCAUCAUGGCUGCCAUCUUACAGCGACAGAAAACGGGUCAAGGUCAACACAUUGACUGCGAUUUAUUUUCUACUCAGGUUGCUUCUCUGAUCAAUAUAGGAGCGAAUUAUUUAAAUGCUGGUCUGGAGGCAACAAGACAUGGUACGGCUCACCCCAGCAUCGUGCCCUACCAGGCCUUUCAGACCCAGGAUAGUUAUAUUUUGGUUGGAGCAGGAAAUGAUGGGCAAUUUAAAAUUCUCUGCAAGAUUCUAGACUUGGAAUAUUUGCACAAAGAUGAAAAAUUUUCCACAAACAAAGCCAGAGUGAUCAACAGGGAAGAACUGCUCGAUAUUCUUAAAAAGAAAUUUUACUCCAAUACGACGCAGUACUGGCUUAAUUUACUGGAGAAUUCGGGAAUUCCAUACGGCCCAAUUAACAAUAUGGCGGCUGUGUACAAUGAUCCCCAGACACUGCAUAACAAUAUGAUUCAAAAGAUUUUCCACCCCACAGCUGGAGACAUACGCCUUCCAGGGCCUCCUGUUCGAUUUAGUGAAUUCCCGAGACAUGCUCCGACAGCGCCACCUACGCUAGGGGAACAUACAGAUCACGUGAUGAGGGACUUAUUACAACUAGGUGAAGAUGAAAUAGAGCAACUUAGAAAAGAAGGUGUUAUACAAUGAGGAUUUUUUUUAUAUUUUUUUUAAAAAUUGGAUUGUUGAAAUAAAAUAAGAUACUAAAAAGGCAAAAUCUUUUACCUAUAGUCGUGUAUGUUAUAUGUUUUAUUACAAUACGGUUAAUAUCUUGCACCUAAAAUUAUUCCAGCGAUGUUUUCAAUUAAAUACUAUU